AAUAAUAAUAUUAAAAUUUAAAAUACAGCACACUGCACAGCAUAAAAUGUGUAUUUAGUAUUUAGCCCGGCACACACUUUUGCAUUAUCUCCUAGAUUAUAAAGUCUUUAUCUUGCCAAUUUAGUUACACCGUUCGAGUUUAAUCGAGGGUCGAGGUAUUAUUUUUUUAUGUGGAAAGGGUAGCUGAGCUGCUGUUUACAAACAAAUUUUAAUUACAUUUAUUUUAAGAAAUGAUUAAGGGUGCAGUAAGUUUAGUAACAGGUGGGGCUUCUGGAUUAGGAAGAGCCACAGUGGAGAGAUUGGUCCAGCAAGGUGUCAAAGUAGUUUUGUGUGAUUUACCAACUUCUAAGGGUAACGAGGUAGUUAAAAUAUUUGGAGACGACAAAGUGGUAUUUGCACCAGUGAAUGUAACUUCGGAGGAAGACGUUAAAAAUGCAUUAACAUUAACAAAAGAAAAAUUUGGGAAACUUAAUUAUGUUAUUAAUUGUGCAGGAAUUGGUGUAGCAUUUAAAACUUAUAAUUUUAAUAAGAGCUAUCCUCAUCAAUUAGAAGAUUUUGUAAAAGUUUUAAUGGUCAACACAGUGGGAACUUUUAACGUAAUACGUCUAUCAGUAGGAUUAAUAGGGUCAAAUGAAACAAACUCGUACAUGGAAAGAGGAGUAAUUGUAAACACAGCUAGUAUAGCUGCUUUUGAAGGACAGAUGGGACAAGCUGCUUAUUCUGCUAGUAAAGCCGCUAUUAUAGGAAUGACUUUACCGAUUGCAAGAGAUUUAGCUAGCCAAGGAAUAAGAGUAGUUACUAUUGCGCCAGGAUUAUUUAGGACACCUCUUCUUUCCGCGUUACCGGAAAAAGUGGUAGCAUUUUUAGAAAAGACUGUACCUUUUCCUUCGAGAUUUGGGGACCCGGCAGAAUAUGCUCAAUUAGUACAGAGCAUUCUUGAGAAUCCCAUGUUAAAUGGAGAAACUAUUAGGUUAGAUGGAGCUUUAAGAAUGCAACCAUGAGUUUUAUUCUUUUUUAUGUAAUUUUUAAUAAACUGUUAUCACAAUAUUUUUUUGUGAAAUACUUACAUUUGAACAGCAUUGGCGAUUUAUGAAUAUAAAUAUAAAACUUUGAUAGGUUGAUUUAAGAGGGAAAA